UAGCUUACUACUCCAAAAUAUAUACAUAUCCUAAAAAUCAUAUAAAUUAACCACCACAAAACAUGGCCGUGCUCCGCCUCUCGCUACCUUUAUCCUCGUUCCUCAUACUCAUAUUCACACUAUUCAUUUUACGAUUAUCACCGGUGCAUUCAACAUGUACAUCCCAAAAAUUCACAAACAACAAAACGUAUUCAAAUUGUACGAAUUUACCAACCUUAAAUUCCACCCUACACUACACUUUCACACCCAAAAACAUGACCAUGUCCGUGGCAUUUGUCGCGAUUCCAGCCACAUCAGAUGGCUGGAUCGCAUGGGCUAUUAACCCAACUGACACGGGCAUGGCAGGGUGUCAAUCUUUCAUAGCAUUUAAGGACUCUAAAGGGUCCAUGUUAGUUAAAACUUAUAAUAUUAGCUCCUAUUCUUCUAUCAUUGAAGGGAAGUUAUCAUUUGAGGUUUUAGACUCGAGUGCUGAGUUUUCUAAAGGAACGAUGAUGAUUUUCGCUACGGUUAAGUUGCCCAUGACAAUGAUGGAGAUUAAUCAUGUGUGGCAAGUUGGUGGUUCGGUUAUGAAUGGUGUCCCAAUGAAACAUGAAUUUUUACCCGGGAAUUUGAAGGCUAUGGCGAAGUUGCAACUUGAAGGGAUGGUUGAUAAGAGUAGCAAUGGGACUAGCGUCGGCAGUCCUAUGGCUUCACCGAACACUAACUCGGCUCCUGGAUUAGCUAGAGUUUGUGUUGUUUUGAUGUUUUUGGGAUAUUUGUUGGGGUUGAUCUUUUGAUCACUUGAAAAUUGAAGAUGGUUCGUUUUUUUGUGUGUUUCAAAUAAUUUUUCUUAACGACUAACAAAUAAAAAUCCAGGGUAACCUAGCUAGCUGAUGCCGAAAUACGACCCCAUACGUCCGUAAACACAAACUCUGUUGGAUAGCCCAAGCCCAUCAUGUGUCUCUAUUUCAGAGAUCCCAAUAAGGGUUUAAUCCCCUAAUUAUCUUAUGAGUAAAAUCUGGUUGUCUCACGAUUUCAUAUAUGAGUCAUCGGCUUAUUUUUAAUAAUUUUAGUUUUUUCUGUGAGUAUACUUGUAAGAUGUAACUUGUUAUUGAAUGCUAUUAGGUGUAAUAUUAUUAGACUAUGUGGUAAGUUUUUACCGUGGUCUUUAUCAAUGCUUGUUAAAUGAAGAAUACGUUUUUAGUCUUGAGAAUUGAA